AACCUGAAUGCUCCAUCGGCUGCGGAGACUGCCCCGGAGCUGUGCCCAGACCCUUCCUAUUCACGGAGGGAAGUGGAAGACAGCGCUGCCUGGCUGGCAAUUUACAGAGGCUCAGAAAAAAGAUGAACUGGCCCCAUUCCUGCAUCUCCUUUUGUUGGAUUUGCUUUGCUGCCUCCAGACUGGGAGUCGUAGGAGCAGCAGAUGGGAGAUACGCUCAGAAGUUAUUCAAUGACCUUUUCGAAGAUUAUUCCAAUGCUCUUCGUCCAGUAGAAGACACAGACAAGGUCCUGAAUGUCACGCUGCAGAUUACACUCUCCCAGAUUAAGGACAUGGAUGAAAGGAACCAAAUUCUGACCGCCUACUUAUGGAUCCGCCAAACCUGGCAUGACGCCUAUCUCACGUGGGAUCGAGACCAGUAUGACGGCCUGGACUCCAUCAGGAUCCCCAGCGACCUGGUGUGGAGGCCGGACAUUGUCCUGUACAACAAGGCUGACGAUGAAUCUUCCGAGCCUGUGAACACCAAUGUGGUCCUGCGGUAUGAUGGGCUGAUCACCUGGGACGCACCAGCCAUCACCAAAAGCUCCUGUGUGGUGGACGUCACCUACUUCCCCUUUGACAACCAGCAGUGCAACCUGACCUUUGGUUCCUGGACCUACAAUGGCAAUCAGGUGGACAUAUUCAACGCCCUGGACAGUGGAGACCUCUCCGACUUCAUUGAAGAUGUGGAGUGGGAGGUGCAUGGCAUGCCUGCGGUGAAGAACGUGAUCUCCUAUGGCUGCUGCUCUGAGCCUUACCCCGAUGUGACAUUCACUCUCCUUCUGAAGAGGAGGUCCUCCUUCUAUAUCGUCAACCUCCUCAUCCCCUGCGUCCUCAUCUCUUUUCUGGCUCCCUUGAGUUUUUAUCUCCCUGCAGCCUCUGGGGAAAAGGUCUCCCUGGGAGUGACCAUCCUGUUGGCCAUGACUGUAUUUCAGCUCAUGGUGGCGGAGAUCAUGCCGGCCUCAGAAAACGUCCCUCUGAUAGGCAAAUACUACAUAGCCACGAUGGCCUUGAUCACAGCCUCCACUGCCUUGACCAUUAUGGUGAUGAAUAUCCACUUCUGUGGGGCUGAGGCCCGGCCAGUGCCACACUGGGCCAGGGUGGUUAUACUGAAAUACAUGUCCAGGAUCUUGUUCGUCUACGACGUGGGUGAGAGUUGCCUUAGCCCCCGCCACGACAGGGAGCGGGGCCGCCUCACAAAGGUUUAUGGCAAACUUCCAGAGGCUAAUCUGAAAACAGCCAGGAACAAAGACCUUCCCAGAAAGAAGGAAAUGAACAAACUCUUAAAGAAUGACUUGGGGUGCCAAGGUGAGACCCAGCGGGAUGCUGACGAUUACUGUGCACGGUACAAAGUGCUGACAAGGAAUAUCGAAUACAUUGCCAAGUGCCUCAAAGACCACAAGGCCACCAAUUCCAAGGGGAGUGAAUGGAAGAAGGUUGCGAAAGUCAUAGAUCGAUUCUUCAUGUGGAUUUUUUUCAUUAUGGUGUUUGUGAUGACUGUUUUGAUCAUAGCAAGAGCAGAUUAAUGAGCACUUGGUAUGUGGGGAUAAAGUAAUAGAAUUCUCUGUGAUCUACAAUAAUAAUUCCUCCAAGUCUUCUCUAUUUUAAUUACAGAAGUACUUUUACCAGUUAAGUUGCAUUUGGCUGCAAAUAACAGAAAACCCAAUGAACCAUAACUUAAAUAGAAACUACUCAUCUACACAAAAAUAAAUCCACAGUUACGAAGUUCAA